GUGCCGAACUAUUCUGGGAAUUGCUGUGUGUCGGGCAGAUAGGCGGUUCGACCGACCAUCCAUUGCUACAAAAGACCAGAUUAGGUUGGGUUUUGGCCGGUCGCUUCGGCGCAGCGAGUUCGCCCCUAUGGGUGCAUUCCAAUCACGCGAUAGUGACUAACCGGCAAUUGCAUGACCAAGUUGACCGUCUUUGGCAACUGGAUGAAAAUUUCGCGGCCUCAAGUACUUAUUCUCCCGAAGAAAGAUUUUGCGAAAAACAUUUUGUCGAUAACGUCUCGCAGAAUUCGCAAGGCCGAUACAUAGUAAAGCUUCCCAUUAAAGAACAUCUUCUUUCCAAAUUAGGUGACUCUCAAGAAAUUGCACUCAAGAGAUUGAGGUCUUUGGAAAAACGUUUCUCGCGCAACCCAUCACUAAAGUCUCAAUACAGCCACUUCAUGGAAGAGUACUUAGCCUUAGGGCACAUGCAGAGGGUAACCAUGCCUUCUGGCAAGGGCGCGCCAACAUUCUAUCUGCCUCACCAUUGUGUGGUCAAGCCCACCGGGGGCUUCUCGAAGCUCCGCGUCGUUUUUGAUGCUUCAUGCAAGUCCGACUCGGGGAUUUCCCUGAAUGACUUCUUGGGAGUGGGCCCAGUGGUUCAGCAAGACCUCGCUUCAAUACUAAUACGUUUUCGAUACUUUCGCUACGUGAUAACCACGGAUAUUGUAAAAAUGUACAGACAGGUGCUAGUGGAUCCGGCCCAAACGAGUUUACAGAAAAUUCUUUGGAGAAACAAUCCUGAAGACGAGGUCGGCACUUACGAGCUGUUAACGAUAACAUACGGGACGUCUGCAGCCUCAUUUCUAGCCACAAGAUGUCUCAUCCAUUUAGCGGAGCAACACUCCGCUGAAUUUCCUCUUGGAUCGCCUUGCGUCAAACGUGAUUUCUACGUCGAUGACUUGCUCACCGGGGCCGACUCCAUUCGCGAGCUUGAACAGAUUCGAGAUGAGGUCAUACGACUUUUGCGGGCAGGAUCCUUUGAGCUUAGCAAAUGGGCGUCAAACUGCCCUCAAUUGUUAGAAUCCCUGCGGAAGCAUAACGGUGAAUUGGUUAGUUUAAACAGCGACGAUUCUUCUGUUCUGGGCAUUAGGUGGAGUCAAUCCCAGGACAUGCUUCUAUUUUCAUGCGAGCUCGAGCCCACGUGCAACGUCGUAUCCAAGCGGGUAAUCUUAUCCGAAAUAUCUCGGUGUUUCGAUCCAUUGGGACUAUUAGGCCCCACGAUCGUCAUUGCCAAGCUGAUACUACAGGAACUCUGGCAAUCCGGCGUCCACUGGGAUGAGUCAGUCCCACAAAACCUCCAUGCGCGAUGGCUAAAGCUCAGAGCUCAGUUAUUCGACCUGAACCAAAUACGCAUCCCCCGGGGAGUGAGGCUCAAUUCGGACCUCCACUUCAUACAGUUGCACGGUUUCUGCGACGCUAGCCAAAGCGCGUACGGAGCUUGUAUAUAUGUUCGCACCGAGUCAAGUUCCGGGGAGUACCAUUCCGAGUUGCUAUGCUCAAAAUCUCGUGUGGCCCCUAUUAAGGCCACGUCGUUGCCCAGACUCGAGUUGUCGGCGGCCUUGCUGUUGGCUCGUCUGAUUGCAAGUGUACAAGCGUCAUUGGACGUAUCCUACAUACAGAUCUUCCUUUGGUCGGACUCGACAAUUAGCCUAAAUUGGAUCGCCUCCCCUUCUCGAAGAUGGUCGGUCUUUGUGGCCAAUAGAGUCGGCGAAAUCCAACGUCUUACUAAAAUCGAGGAAUGGCGUCAUGUUAGUUCGCCGGACAAUCCUGCCGACAUUCUUUCUCGCGGACUAGAUCCGCACAACUUAAGCAACUCGGCCCUGUGGUGGCACGGGCCCCCUUUCUUGCGGUUACGCGAUGAUCUGUGGCCCAGCGGUGCCUUCGCAAAAUUGAACGAAGAUAUACCAGAGCAGAGGAAAGCGGUAGUCGCCACUGCCGCCGAGGUCAAGCAUUCCGUGAUCAAUGAUCUCUUAAACAAAUUCUCUAAAUUGAAUAAGACAUGUCGAAUCGUAGCUUACUGUCUACGAUUCUCCAAGGCUCAUCGUGCCAGGGCGUCGGGCAAAUUCAUAUCUCCCGAUGAGUUCUCACGCUCUUUGAAGGUCAUUUGCAGGGAUGUCCAGAAGCAGGCCUUCCCACAUGAACAGGAAUCAUUGAGCAAGGGGAAGCCCAUUUCCAGCGCAAGUAGGCUGUUACCUCUCACACCUUUCAUUGACAAGGAUGGACUAAUUAAAGUGGGGGGCAGACUGAGGAACUCCCAAGUCGAUUACAACGCCUGUCACCCCAUUCUGCUUCCAGGUGAUCAUCGUUUGACCCGACUCAUAAUAGAGCGCGAGCAUGUUCUUAAUCUCCACGCUGGCGUACAGGCCACCAUGGCCGCCAUCCGACAAAGCUUCUGGCCAUUAUCCUUGCGUUUAAACGCGCGUGGCAUAAUACGAAAAUGUAUUACUUGUUUCAAGGUCAACCCCCAGCAGUCUGAGGCCAUCAUGACUUCGGCGCCAGCCAGUCGUGUCACGGCAGCACGACCCUUCGAACGUUGCGGAAUCGAUUACGCCGGUCCGGUGAUAUUGAGAGAGGGAAAACGGCGUAAUGCUAAAAAUCACAAGGCCUACUUGGCCGUUUUUGUCUGCUUCGUUACCAAGGCAGUUCAUAUAGAGCUCGUGAGCGAUCUGACCGCCGACGCUUUCCUCGGCGCAUUUAGACGUUUCAUAUCCCGAAGGGGAAAACCCGCCCACGUGUUCUCGGACAACAGAACCAACUUCGUGGGCGCUAACAGACAGCUCAAAGAGCUGUACAAAUUUUACAAUCAAUCGCAAACGCAAGAUCAGAUUGUGCAAUUUCUAAGCGAGUUGGAAAUAUCGUGGAACUUCAUUCCACCGAAUGCCCCCCACUUCGGCGGGCUUUGGGAGGCGGCGGUUAAGUCGGCAAAACUACACAUGGCCCGCAUUGUAGGUAGGGCUCAUUUAACUUUCGAGGAAUUGCAGACCGUACUUUGCGAAAUAGAAGCGAUCCUCAAUUCACGGCCCAUCACGGCUCUAAGCUCAGACCCGAAUGAUAUGUCGCCCCUAACACCGGGACACUUCUUGAUCGGCGCUGCACUAAAUAGCUUUCCUUCCAGAAAUCUCGUCGACGUUCCGGAGAACCGCUUACUCAGAUGGCAGAGGGUCGAGCAGAUUCGGCAGCAUUUUUGGCGUCGGUGGAGCACUGAGUACUUGCAGUCGUUGCAAGAGCGAAACAAAUGGAAAAUCAACAAAGGCAUACAGUUGCUGCCCAAUCAGCUCGUCCUCGUAAGACAGCCGAAUCUAGCGCCAUUGCAAUGGCUUCUGGGUCGCGUGCAGGAAACUCACCCAGGCGCUGACGGCGUAGCUCGAACGGCCACGCUUCAGACUUCCAAAGGCUCGAUCACGAGACCCUUAACCAAAUUAGCGAUUUUACCGCUUGAAACCUAG